AUGUCUGAUACUCCUUUGACACUUUUGAAGUUAAACCUUGAUGAACGUGUGUAUGUGAAGUUACGUGGGGCUAGAAAAUUAACAGGAACAUUACAAGCAUUCGACUCACACUGUAACAUUGUGCUAUCAGACGCUGAAGAAACUAUCUAUCGUUUAGAAGAUGGUAAUCUAAAGACCCAGACUAAGUCAUCUGAGAUGGUUUUUGUUAGAGGGGAUAGCGUAACUUUAAUCACCACAGCGUCGGAUGAAUAA